AUGCCUGGUGUAGGAAGGUCGUUGUUAGGCCGAUACGAGUCUUUAAAGGAGUUGCAAGACCGCCGUGCCAGUCAAGGCAGUGCCGUGGCCCAAUCCUACCUGCCUUUCAUUCUUUCUCCUGAGGCCUCAUGCUGUCUCUCUCCAGUCACUGCUGUUCGGGCUGCUGCCCUUUCUUUCCUUUCCACUUUGCUCCGACAAGGCUUACUCCAUCCAGCGCCCACUCUUGCUCACCUUAUUUGCUUGCAGACUGACCCUGACCCGAGCCUUCGUGCUAAAGCUAGCAGCCAGCUGGCUGAGGUCGAACGUAAAACACCCGGUUUUGUCGCUAUGCGUGUUGUGCAUGGUAUCCGACUUAGCUUUCGGCUUCACAAACUGAUUCGCUCUGCCUCAUGCCCAUCGUCAACUGAACGUCAAUUAAUUCGUGGUGUUCUCCUCUCACUUCCUUCCUUUUCUUCCAAAGCCAGUCUUAUUUUGCCUCUGGUAGCACCCACUGGCUCCGAGGCCCCAGUCAACACACCCCUAACUUUCACACCUCCAGCCCAAACACACUCAAUUCCCUUAGCCCUCAACCAUGCCAGUUACUGUCUAAUCCGAGACAAUCGUCAGCAGCGGCGCUCCAUAGUUCUCGGCUUACUUGGACUUUUUGACCUUCCAGCUGGAUCGACGACGGCUGAAUCCCAUUGUACUGCAGCCGUUUGGCUUUGCUAUGACGCUCAGGUUGACGCAGUCCGCGAAGCAUCCUGUCUCGCUUCGAGUAAAAACAGCCUGAGCUUUCGUCCAUCAUAUGAGCUGGAAUUCAUUCUUGUAAAAGUCUUACGUUAA